AUGCUAAGUCAGAAGACGAAGCUUGUGAUUGGUGUUUUGGUUGCUGGUCUGCUGUUUCUCAGAGCUAUCUGGCGUCAUGAGUUGAAACAGAAGCCUGAUUCGGAAAUUAUGGACUCCCAGCUUAUGCUUACACAGACACACUGCAAAUGGCCUCCAAGUAUGCCUGAAGACAUCCAGUCGGAGGAGGGUGAAUACAACAUAACGCUCUGUGUACGACCCAGUCCCGAGGCGACAGUCAAAAAGACACCAAAAUCGUAUCCACUUGUGGAUCUCUUUCGAAAAUUUAGAACACCAAUCAAGGUCUCAUUUGAAGACCUCAAAACGUUACCCCGACCAUUCUGGAAAUGGGUGAAAUACCCAGAGGUGUACCACACGUAUCCACAGGAUGUUCCUCUGAAGCAAAUCGUCAAAGCCAUCAAGGCAGGUCUUCCUGUCUUCGAUAUGCCUGAGUACAAUUUUCCCAUCCGCAUUCUGAAAACCAGUACAAAAGUGUGUGCACGCGACACACACCACGACCUCGUCAUCGUGGUGAAAAGUGGCAAUCUGGGAUGGGAUGGCAGAACGGCAUUUCGAGCCUACAUGCAACGUGAAAAGGCCCGUUAUCCGAAGCUCAAGGUGGGAGUCGUCUUCAGUCUGGGAAUGCCACGCAAACACGGUGGCAGAUUAUUCAAUCGUGAUGGCCACAUCAUUAGGCUGAAUGGAACGACUGGUGACAGGAUGGAGGAAUACGACGGUAAAGCCGAUGUAGUCAUGCAGCGCAUUAACCAGGAAAUCGACCAAUUCGAUGACAUACUGCUGGGUGACUACGAGGAUACGUAUUACAACGUGACGUGGAAGACCUUCACGAACCUGCGAUGGCUGUCGGCAUUCUGCGACAAACACCACGCCAACGCCUUCAUGAUGAUCGACGACGAUCAUCGCAUGAAUCUCUCAUUGGUGGCAGAGUUCCUCACAACUGCAUCAACUGAGACGAUGCGAAAAUCCAUUUUCGGCUACAUCGCUAAAUCCGACAAGGCAAUUAGGUCACCAUCAGAGAAGAGGUUCCUGUCAUACCGCGAAUUCCCAUGGGAUUUGAUGUAUCCGUAUCCAUGGGGAUUUGCCCAAUUCAUUGGAGCUGACAUCGUCGACGACAUGGCCAUCGCGAGUGCAUACACGCGGUUCAAUUAUGCACCAGAUGAUGUAGUCCUUGGAAUUGUAGCAUUGAAACUAGGCAUCAAUUUGCACAAUGUGGACUCAAUGUCAUAUCCCCUCUGGAGUAAGGAGGGCAACCAGAUGCCGUUUCCACUAAUGGUGGGUCCGAGCGAGCUGUUUGAUGCAAAUCAGACCUCAAGCAACUGA